AUGACUAAGUGCCUUUUCUCGCUCUUGCUUGCAUUAAUUGUCAUACCACUUGUGACUGCGGCCGUUGUGGCGCUAAUUGCAGUUUCGUUUGUGGCCAUCAUUUUGCUUCUGGUUGCAGCAGCAUCAGUGCUGUUAUGCGCAUUCGUGCCUUUGUGCUCGCUUGUGAUCUUGAUGGCACUGCCCUUCCUCAUCGACAAGUUGAAAAGUGUUGGGAGCUUCCACUUGGACCGAGCCGUGCUGCUGUUGCACCACAUCGAGAAGCAGCAAGAUCAGGAACCGCAGCAUGAGGGAACAGCCCAGGACGCAGGUGUGUCGUUGACGUGGUUAUUCGAUGUCGUCUCCCACAUGCUUGACUUCAAAUCUGAUAUGAGUGUGGUGCUGAGCUCCUGGAACGUUCUGCCUCUGCUUUGGUCCUUGUGUUUUGCUCCGACUGUGCUACUGUCUGCCUGUAGCCUUUACUUGAUCGCAUGGCAGAAGCCGGUGUUUGUUGAAAAGGGCAGCUCCUGGUCCCUAUUGCAAUUGUUGGAGGAUAUUCCACAGGCCCUGCUUGCUUUUGUCGGCAUCUUCCUGUAUGCACGGGCUGGAGCUCCGCAAGAGCCGUUCAUCUUGACCACAGUGGCCGACUCAAUUGUGGACUGCAUGGAGCAGGUCAUUCUGUUUUUGAUAGGUCAUCGCAAGACGCACUUGCUGUUGCCAACGGAAGAUGCAGUGAAUUGGGCAAAAGCAAAGGCUAUGGAGCACAAUGUUUCCAGCGAUGGGCUCACUGCAAAGCAGCGUCACCCUCGUGUCUCACUUCAAGCUUUCGCAGCUGCGGACGAUGUUCCAGCAAUCGAAGCAGAAAAGCACCAGGAACCGAAACACCUGCGAAUGAACCUUCUGCAUGGUUUCAAGCUCUUCGGAGAUUCUGCCUGGUGCCUGGCCGCCUUUGAGGACGUGCCCAAUGGCCUCCAGGGCCUCUCCUUCGGCAUUGAGGAGCGCGACCUCUGGAGCGAGACCAUGAGCAAUGUCUUCCACAUGCCAACGAAGCUCUACGACUGCUUUCAGGAUCCGAAAAAGUCGCCACCACUGUCUAUGUCGGCGCCCAAUGCUGCGGGAUCCUGUGAAGGAGUGCAGUCGCAUUGUUAUGAAACAGCCUACGAAGCCUUUCGCAUUUGCCUGGGACCAGAUGACGUGAUGCUGGAGGGAAGAAGGUACACCACGCUGAAUGACUUGUUACGGGGACGCGCCCCCCUGUCUGUUCACGUGAAGAUGGAUGUGGAAGGCUCUGAGUGGACGGUGUUGGAGGCCCUGCUGGCCAAUGCUACAGACCUUGCAAAGAUCCGAACCCUGGACAUGGAGGUCCACUUUGGCUUUGGCGCUGCAUCCGAAGCCCCGAAACAUCGGGGCAGCAUGGAGGAGGUCGUGAGACGCGAGGUCGGGAUCUUUGAGAAGCUGGCUGCUACGUUCCUGACGGUGGGCAGCAACGUGGAGACCAAUGCGCAAGGCUGGAAUCCGGCGGCAGCUUGCACGAAGCUUUGCGACGAGCCUCUGGUACACACUCGCGGCGGGUUUCCCGUGAAUCAAUUCGCGGUGAGUUUCGUCAAUCCGGCCAUGCUGCGCUCCAACAAUCCAAAGCAUAUGGAAGUUGGCGCCCGUGGGAUCGAACAGUCUGGAUAG